UAGUAAGAAUGUUACAACCAGCUGAGUGUUGCGACUUUCAGGGAAACUCAUUCAGCGCAGUGCAAUAGUCAGGACAUCUUCACCCAACUCACACGCUCCUCUUUUCGGGAAGGAACGCUUGUUUCUGCGGAUCCCAGCCCGCAUCGAUGUGAAAGGCAACAGGGCAUCCACCCACCAUCGUUUCAACUGGGGAAAAAAAUGCCCGUCAGAAGAGCAGAGGCCACAGUCAUGGAGGAGGUGAUAUGGGAGCAGUUCACUGUGACUUUACAAAAGGAUUCGAAGCGCGGGUUUGGUAUCGCAGUGUCGGGAGGGAGAGAUAACCCCAACUUCGAGAAUGGUGAAACCUCCAUCAUAAUCUCUGAUGUCUUGGACGGUGGCCCGGCCGACGGCUUACUUCAAGAAAAUGACCGGGUUGUCAGUGUUAAUGGCUUUCCAAUGGAAAAUGUGCCUCAUUCCUUUGCUGUACAACAAUUAAGAAAAUGUGGAAAAGUAGCCCAAAUAACGGUGAAAAGAGGUCGGAGGGUCCCGGCUCGACAGCCUGUGCUCGAACCUGACACUCGGUUCUAUGAGGCUGAUGACUACGAUCGCAGAAGUGAUCACAGUGUUCACAGUGACAGGAGCGAGGGCGCACCCAAAGCGUACAGCUACGGCCAUGACUAUAGCCCCGACAGAAACUACAGCCGGGAGAGAGAGCGCAGCAGGAGCAAUGAGAGAAGCCAGAACAGAGAGCGCAGUCACAGCAGGGGGAGGAUAGUCGACGAUGACAGAGGUCAUGAGAGAAACUACAGGCGUGAUGACCACGGGCGUGCAAGGAUGUACGAUGAAGACCCGGCACACGAGAGGGCGUACGAACAAGGCGAUCGAAUGCGGGGCAGGGUGCCCGAAGAGGACUGGGGUUACGAUGAUGACUACGAGCAAGGAGAUAGAGGUCGCAGACGGAUAUACAAUGAGGAUCGCAGUCGUGAUAAAGGCCACGAGUAUUCCAGAGAACCAGCAAGAGCCCAAAGCCGUGAUCGACUCAAAUCCAGAAGCCCAUCACCAGAGUACUCCUCUUAUUCUAAUGACCGUGGGCUCCCAAAGCCCUACAAAGUUAUGCUGGUCAAGAGCAAGCCAAAAGAAGAAUAUGGCCUUCGAUUGGGCAGUCAAAUCUUCAUCAAGGAGAUGACGGGAAUUGGAUUGGCUGCCAAGGAUGGAAACUUGCACGAAGGGGAUAUUGUCCUCAAAAUCAAUGGGACCGUCACUGAGAACAUGUCUCUGGCUGAUGCCCGAAAAUUGAUUGAACGAUCCCGUGGGAAACUGCAGCUUGUUGUGCAAAGAGAUUUGAAGCAAACAUUGAUCAGCAUUCCACCCAUGGAUGAUAGCGAGUCUGAUUCAGAAGGGAUCUCGGAAAUUGAUUCAAACCCAUCAUGUUCACCUCCGCCAGAAGAAAGGAAAUCGCCACAUUCCGAUGCUUCUUCACAUUCUCCUGCAAGAACUACUGAAAAGAAAAGUUCCAAAGAGGAGCCCUCCAACAGACUGGUGAGGAUGGGAGCCAUGCCAACUCCGUUUGCAACAAGAACUGACCUGCCUACUGCAGUUGACAUUGAGAAGGAAGAUGUGAUUGAGGAGGAUUACAGAGCCACCAAAGUAGAAGAACCAGUGGUAAUGGCCACUAAGAAAUUUCUCCAGCCAAGUCCAGAAGAUCAGGAGAUCUUUGGCCCAGAUACAAAAAUGGUGCAGUUCAGGAAAGGUGACAGUGUUGGCCUUCGACUUGCUGGUGGCAACGAUGUUGGGAUCUUUGUGGCGGGAGUGCAGGAGGGCAGCCCAGCUGAGAAUGAAGGUCUUGAGGAAGGAGAUCAGCUUCUCAAGAUAAACUCCAUGGAUUUCCGUAGUAUUGUGCGUGAAGAAGCUGUUCUAUACCUCUUAGAAGUUCCGAAAGGUGAAGAUGUGACCAUCCUUGCUCAGAGCAAGUAUGAUGUGUACAAAGAUAUUAUUAACUCGGGCCGUGGCGAUUCAUUCUUCGUUAGGACACACUUUGAGUAUGAGAAGGAGACUCCACAGAGCUUGGCUUUUGCCAGAGGGGAUGUCUUUAAGGUUUUGGACACCCUAUACAAUGGCAAAUUGGGAAACUGGUUGGCAGUAAGAAUCGCCCCUGACAACAUCCGACAACUGGAGAAAGGAAUCGUUCCAAAUAAAAGCAGAGCUGAACAAAUGGCCAAUGUGCAAAACGUCCAGAAAGCAACUUCAAGUGACCGAGGGGAUUUCUGGAGGUCACGAGGUCAACGAGCAGCAAUGAAGAAGAAUCUUCGAAAGAGUCGCGAGGACCUCACUGCUGCGCCAGUGAGCACCAAGUUCCCAGCGUACGAGAGGGUUGUUCUGCGGGAAGCCGGCUUUAGACGGCCUGUGGUGCUCUUUGGGCCCAUUGCUGAUAUAGCUACAGACAAGCUGGCAACAGAUUUACCCGGAAGCUACAGAACUGCCAAAACCGAACCCAGAGAUGCAGGCUCUGAGAAGUCAUCUGGUGUUGUUCGAUUGAACACGGUCAGGCAAAUCAUCGAAGAGGACAAGCAUGCUUUACUGGAUGUUACGCCCAAAGCUGUGGACCUGCUGAACUACACUCAGUGGUACCCAAUCGUUAUCUUCUUUAAUCCAGACAACAAACAUGGCGUUAAAACCAUGAGGCAAAGACUGAAUCCAACAUCCACCAAGAGUUCCAAGAAGUUGUAUGACCAAGCUGUCAAGCUAAGGAAGAGAUGUUCUCAUCUUUUUACAGAGACUAUUGAUCUCAAUUCCUCGCAUGAUGGCUGGUAUGGAUUGGUAAAGGAUUUGAUCAGAGAUCAUCAGGCUUCUGCAGUCUGGAUUUCAGAAGCCAAGGCUGAUGGACUGGGAGACGAAGAUCUUGAGAUGCCUGAUGAUCGCAUGUCCUAUCUGUCAGCCAUGGGAGGUGACUACCUCAGCUGUGAUAGCCGAUUGAUGAGCGACUAUGAUGACACUGACACGGAGGGUGGUGCCUAUACAGACAACGAGCUGGAUGAUCCAGUGAAUGAGCCACCUGUAUCUUCUGUGGCCAGAUCAUCUGAACCAGUGCAGAUGGACGAGCGGAGACCAAGUCCAGUGCCAGCAGUGGCCAGAGGACAAAUGAGGAGAGCAGGCAGCAGGGAAGUGCUGAGAGAUCCCAGUCCCCCUCCAGAUUUCAGACCUGAUCCACCAAAGUCCAAAGCUGACGUUCAUACCUACGCAAAAGAGCCUGCCAGGCCGUACUACGAUUCCCAUUACAGCAGUUCAAGUACUGGGAGCAGCAAGCCACCCCGCAGCCAGGAGGCUCCUCCCUCUUCCAAACCGCAACCCCCUCCGGUGGCUCUGAAGCCCUCUUUCGGGAACAAGACAGCGCUCAAACCGUCCACUCCAACCACGCCCCCCCCAAACGAAGAGAGCGAGGAGGAGGAGUACGAAGAGUUGGGAGAAGGUGGGCAGAAGAAGUCAGUGCUGGGCAAAGUGAAAAUAUUUGAGAAACUGGACCACAAAGCUCGUGCUCAGAGGCUGCAAGAACUGCAAGAAGCACAGAUGGCAAGACUGGAAUUGGCACAAAAAAAUCCGGAUAUCUACGCACUUCCUAUAAAAGUACCUAAGGGGGAACAGUCCCAGUCACACAGGCCACCUGAGCCCCAGAUGCCAGCACCGCAAUCCUAUCUGGACCCCAGUGGAAUGGGAUACAGAGCAGAAGUGGAUGAUGAAGAGGAGGAGCAGUAUCGCAGGCAACUGGCUGACCACUCAAAGCGUGGUUACUAUGGCAACCACGGGUCUCAGCCCACCAAAUAUAGGGACACGGAACUGUAGAAGGGGGAUACCUUGUAACCAUGAUUUAAAAAAGAGGAGAAACAAACAAAAGCCUCGCUGGAAAUGGACUGCUGGCCCAAUAACCCCCGAACCUUCAGUUACUGAUUGACUUGCUGAUGCUGCCAGCAAUAGUAUUUUUAUUCUGAUAGGACAUGUGUACUUUUUGCAAAUGCUGUUCUAACUGCCUUUUACUCUAGUUUUCACAUAAAGUUAUUUUACAUAAUUUUCAAUUCAAGAACAAAUUGCAGUAAAAUAAUUGAGCAGGCCUCCUUUAUAACUUCAGGUUCUGCACAAGAUCACAAAAGUGCCUUGUGUUUUUAUUUCUUGAACAAAAUGCUUGCUUUUGGAUGAAAUGCUAUAAUUGGUGAAGGUGAUGACACUGAACUUGGUUUGAAGUUGAGAAAUAUUGUUAAUCGAUAAACCAUUCUGAUGUAAAGUUCUUUAUGGGACCAGAUGAAAGAGUUCCUAAUUUUGUACUGCAUUUGUAAGUGAUGUGUGCAAGAACGUGUCUUGUACCCAAAAUGCUUUUUUUUCCCCCCCUCUAACCUGUCGGGAUGGUGUUGGUUUUAAGUUGGAUCAAAUAAAACAUAAUGUAUUUAAGUGCCAUGGUUACCAAGAUGCAGUAAAAUUCCUGAGUUGGGGGAGCUUUUGAAGAACAA